GAGAAGCAUUUCGACCAGUACAUCCAAUUGCUUUUCGAGACCGACGACGAGUCGGACACGGCGCCCCCCUCGCCGCGGCCAUCGCCGGGGGACCUCGCCCAGGGCGCCUCGUUCGCUUCCGGCGCGUCGCCGACCGCGUCGAGACAAGGCAGCGCACGCGGCGAGGAGAAGAAGAUUGGUUUCAAGGAGCUCCUGGACGGCCUGUGCCGGCUGCGGCCUGGCCAGAGCGUCAGAGCGUUGGACUUUGCGUCGUUCCGGCAGAAGGUCAUGCAGAGCCAGGGCAAGGUCAAGGAGAAGAUCGGCCAGAUCGAGGAGCUCGCCGCACAGCUGGGGGGCGCAGGCGCAAACGACGGCGAGGGCCAGGCUUUCAAGGCGGCCGCGUCGGGGCCCGCGAAGAUCAGGGCCAACAUGUUCGAG